AUGAAAAAGGGAGCAAAGAAAUAAAAUAAAAGAGAAUCUGAACUUUAACAAAUUGAAGAAAUCAAAUUGGUUGAAAUUUAUGGUAAUAAUAAACUAAUUGUAGAAUGUAUGAAUGAUCCAGACAUUGAAUAAUCAGGUGUGAUAAUCAAACUAGAAGAUUUAUUACUUGAAAGCCCAUAAGGAGUUUUACUUAGUUUUGUGUCUUUUUAUUUAAAGUUGGUUGGAAUGGAUCAUUGCAAUCAAUAUUUGAAAGGAUUGAGUCUUGUCAAUGUCAAUUUGGAAGAAAUAAUUAAUAAAUUGGAAUCACUCUAACUUGAAAAUUAGUCCAAUUUAAUUGAUGAAUAAUAAUGCUAAUAAAUUGAAAAUAAUAAAGUCUUAAAACAAUUUUUUGAUACCCUAUUUUCAACCUAGACGUAAUUGCCCUUCUAAUGUGAGGGGUUUUUCAGAUAUACCUAUAACUGGCUUACAACUAUCUCCUAAACUAAGUUUAGAACUGCGAGAUUGGCUGCUUUGGAGGUCAUAGAUUUAGUAAUUAAUUCGAUAUCCCAUUUCUUAGAAUUUAUAAAAGAUGAGCAGGAAUUGAAAGAAGCAACUAAAUUUAUUAAUAAUAUUUUCGAAUAUUUAGUAACUAAUAGAACUUAGGAUGUGUAAACUUUAAUUAAGAGAAAAGCAAUUCAAAUUUUAUUCCAUUCCUUUUUGAAUCCAGAUAUUCCUACAGACCCCUAUUAUAGUUACUUAGGGUGUUUAUUUUUAAGUGAAAAUCAUGAAUGCAGGGAAUCCGCUUUGAAUGAAUUAGAAAAAAUCUAAAAGUCUUUGAUUGAAAGCAAAAAAUCUAUAUAACCAAUAAUUGAUUUUCUGUAAGAAGAAUAAGAGGCUGUCAUAAGCUUAAUAUUCGAUCCCAAUGAGAGUGUUCAACUAAAAUUGAUCAAUUUCUUAAAGAUGUUUUCAAAAAAUACAAAUGUAGUGAGUAACUUUUUUAAAACCAAGACUUGUUAAGCCUUCAUUAGAAUAUUAUUUGCAAAAAAUCUUAGAGUGAGAUAUGAAUCUUCUUUUUUACUGCAUUUAUUUGAAAAACCAAUUAAAAGUGUCAUAAAAUUGACUGAAUUUUACUUGACUUAUGCACCUUUUGAAAUUCAAAGCUAUGAGGAAUGCUAAAAUUUUAUAUUUUCUUUUGUUCAUAGUCAUCCAUUUGUCUGCUUGCCUGAAUAAUACUCUCAGUUUUUUGAAGGGGAUUAAUAAGAAUAAUUCUAGAUUAUGGGUUUCUAUUUUUAUGCAUCGAUACUAUCAUAUCAAAAUACUUAAACGAAAUUCUGGUGGUUAGAAGUGAAGGAUGAAGAAACCCAGUUCACCGAUCAAUUUACUAGUUACUUUUUGAGUAAAGUUAAGUCCUCAAUCGAUUUGAUUGAUGAGAAUUUGCUAUUUCCUUAUCUACACAUCUAUUAAAACUUAAACUCUAAAUCAAUACCUCUUAAGGAUAUGAAAGCAAUUGUCAUCGGAGUGUAAAAGAUUUUUCAAAAAAGUCAAAAUAUUGGGAUAAUUAAUCAGGUCUGUAAAAUGAUGUUUAUAUAUCAAUAAUAACAAUCAGAUUCAGAAGUGGUUAAAGAUUGUCUAAAGGAAUUAGUUAAGUAUGGAAUAAAGAUUUACAAGGAGAAGUUAAAUUUUUUGAAUCUUUAGAAAAUUGAAUGUUUGAUUAAACAAAACUUAGUCUUUCCAAAAUAAAUUCUAAAUCCAAUUAGUUCCAUUUUUGAAAAUAAAGAUGAAAAAUCAAUCAUCAUAAAUGCUAAUUUAUUGGCCAGUUCACUUCAAAAUUAAAUCAGAAAUCUGUUAAGUUCUAGUAAACCUUAAGAGAAUGAUCAUGAAGCUAAUUACAAAGAAAUAAGGGAUCUAUUUUUUAAUUAUUGCUUCUAAAUUUUAGAAAAUAAAAACAAGGAUCAACAUCAUAUCACUAUUUUACAACUAGUAAUCAAUAAUUUAAUUUAUACUAACAACUUCAAAUUAUAAAGAUUAAACUUAUAGUACUACAUAUCUUCCUAGACAUAUUCAUUAUUGUACAUCCAUUUUCAUAAUUUUGUGCUUUCUGAAUUAUCUAGAUAAGUUAAAUUAGAAAAAGAAAAAUAAAAUGAUUUCAAAAGAAGGAAAAGUCGCCCUUUGAUUGAUAAUUUACCUUAAAUCAGUACUUUAUAAAUGGAAUUAUUCAACAAUUCAAUAAAAUUGAUGAAUCAAUGUCCAUAAAUACUAACAAAUAAAGAAUUUGGCAUUCAAUUCCUAUCUUAUUUAUUUGAUCUCAUGAAAUCCAGUUGUUACUUUAGUGAUUUAAAACCUACAAUUUUAACAUCCAUUUCAUAAUCAUUAUAAAAAGUUAUUGAGAACGAUCAGGGUUCAAAAAAGGAGGAUUUCUGGAAAUUUGUUGUUGACUAUUCCUCAAUUCACUAUUAAUCAUAAAGUGAGGAAAACUUUAAUGAAUUUAUCAAAAUUAUGCAUAAACUCAUACAUUGCGUCUGUUAAUAAAUUAAACGUUAAUGA